CAUCUACUCAAGGACGUUAACCUGCAUUUGGACAGUUUUCCAACAACUUUUGAUUUUAAGCGUAUCCCUAUUGCGCAUUCAUAAGUUGAUUUACCGGGCGUGAUGAUAUAAUAUUCAUGAUUAUAUAAAGUUAAUUUGCUUGUGCCAAACCAAGCGUAAAACUGAUGCUAGGACAACACAGAUAAUACAGCACAACACCAUGUCACUCUCGUCUGCAACAAAUAGCUAAUAAGCGCAUUUGGGAUUGUUUGCAUGCACUGAGGGACAUUUGUGGAGACUUCAUAGAACCAGUUAGCAGAUGUCUCAUUGCCGUUUAACAGGUUGAAUAAUGGCUUUUAUCUGGAAAUCUCUGGACUCGUUUCGCCGUCUAUUUCAGCAGGCUGAGAAGUCUGACAACUGUCUGUUGGUGGCGGCCAUUGACUUCGGAACGACUUAUUCCGGAUGGGGAUUCUCGUUUAAUCAUGACUUCCAAACCGAUCCAACACACAUUUCCACUAUGAAUUGGUCUGAUGGCAAAACGAUUUCUCAGAAAGGUCCAACAUGCAUACUAAUCAAACCGGACGGCAAAACGAUUGAUACAUUUGGAUUUGAGGCUGAGAAGCGUUACAGCGAGCUCAUUGAGAAGGGUGAACACACGAAAUGGUUUUAUUUUCACAGAUUUAAGAUGAUGCUCUGGAACAAGCCUAUAAACAAAGACACUAUGUUGGAUGAUGAAUGCGGUAAAAGCCUUCCAGCUCUGACAGUGUUUGCAUUGUCAAUCAGGUACAUGAUGGACGCUCUGUUCAAAGAGGCCAAAACGCGGGUCGAUGUAUUAAAUGAAAAAGACAUCUACUGGGUACUAACUGUUCCUGCGAUAUGGAAUGACUCUGCCAAACAUUUCAUGCGACUCGCUGCUCAUGAGGCCGGAAUAGAGAAAGAAAAACUUACUAUAGCAUUAGAACCUGAGGUUGCGUCUAUAUUGUGUAGACAUGCUAAAUUGCACAACGAAGGUAUUGGUGGAAUUUCAGCUCUCCAAUUAGGAAAGAAAUACUUAGUCGUAGAUGCAGGAGGUGGAACGAUCGAUAUGACAGUACAUGAAGUUUGCUUCGGUGGUGCGCUCAAAGAACUUCACAAAGCCACUGGUGGACCUUGGGGUGGAACAAUGGUGGACAAAGCAUUCUUGGAUUUUAUUGCAGAAUUGAUAGGGAAAGAUGCGUUAAACGGUUUAAAGGACCAACACAAGGAAGAUUACAUAGACCUCAUUAGUGAAUUUGAAAUAACAAAGAGAAACAGAAAUUUACAAUCAGAUGGGCGUGUCACCAUUAGAAUUCCGCAAGCAAUGGUCGAACUUGUAAACCACUUUAAACGACAACCAUUACAGAACAUUAUACAGAAUUCGUGUCACGCAAAAACCAUUGAACUGGCUAAAGACAAGCUCCGACUUGAUUACGGUCUUGUCCGAAUUUUUUUUAAGGAAUCAAUCGACAAAAUUGUUGAACAUGUGUCCGAACUUCUUAAAACGCCCGAGGCUAAAGGGGUGGACACAAUUCUUAUGGUGGGCGGCUUCUCUGAGUCUACGCUUCUUCAAGAUGCCAUGAGAAAAGGAUUUCAUACAUUAAAAAUAAUCGUCCCAUCAGACGCCGGUCUCGCUGUCCUGAAGGGAGCAGUCAUGUUUGGACAGCGUCGAACUUUCAUCAAAGAACGGGUGUCCAAGUUCACGUAUGGAAUAAACAUUACUACUCCUUUUGAUGAGAAAAAGCAUCCCGUCGAUAAGCGCAAGGAAUUGGAUAUUGGCGUCCGAUGCGCUGACAUUUUUGAAGUCAUGGUGAAAGCUGGACAACGACUAGUUGUUGGUGAAAAACAAUACACUCAAGAGAUGCGUAUUGGUGAUAAAAAACAGUCGCACGUGUGUUUUCGUAUAUAUACCACGGAGAAAACAGAUGUAAAAUUUGUUACAGAUGCUGGAUGUACACAAAUCGGGUCUGUAAUCCUUCCUGUUUCCGGCAGUGGAUUAAACAGAUCGAUUGUUGUCCGGGCAUUGUUUGGCGGAACAGAAAUAAUGGUUGAAAUCGAAGACAAGUCUACAGGUUGCAUUACGCGAACGUAUAUCGAUUGUUUGUCGUAACGAGCGCUAAUUUCAACAUUUAUGACUAAAAUACGAUGGCUAUCCUGGAAUAUGUUCACAAUACGUAGUUGUACAAUUAAGUUUUCAGAUAUUGGUUUAACUUACACUGUCUUAUAAAGUAUUAAUAUUACCCUCUGGAAACACUAUAUUUACUAAUGGUUUGGAACAAACAAUACAUGCAGUUCUAAAGUCAAUUUUAAUAACUUCAUUAUUUAAUGAACGUUUUUUCAUUGGCACUAGAUACAUUUAUUUUCAUCUGCGAGAUGUUUUAGAUGAGCACAUAACUAUUCAUAUAACAAACGAGUGUCCUUACAGCGUUUCAAAAGGAUGGUGUUGUAUCAAUAAUCCGCAUCAUUACUCUCACAAAUGGCUAGAAGGAUAUACUUAAUAUGCGGGUUUCACGUUGAAUCAUUUUAAAAACAUAUUGAAAUGCAUAAAUGGUUCAAAUGUAUUUAAUUUAUAUUUCCACAAUGUGUACACAUUUUAAAAGUAUCAGCCGCAAAAGCUUUGCGAUACAAUUCAUAUAUAUUGAAUAUAUAUAUAGAAAUGUCAUACGAAGGACUCAAAUUCAUUAUGUGUAUACAGAAUAUAUGAUAAAGAAAUUCUGAAACAAAUAACCUAAUUUUACUUGUUCAUUCGUAUUCGUUCUGUAAAAAUUCGUAUAUUGUACAUACAUGUGUCAUAUUAAGUGUUUAUAUUACAUGUAAUAUAAUAUAUUGUUUAACAACACCUAUGCACAAAGUCAAAAUUACUGUUGAAUUGAUCGACAUAACGGACGAGGUAAUAACGCUUUAUUUGAUUUAUUAUUUAUUCAUGGAGCACAUAUAACUGAUUACAUGCAUAAUGCAGUGCUACAUAUCAAAUGUUUUCACGGGGUUCAGUGUACGCUAACAUAAGACAAUGUGUAAGUUAAUAUUGUAUUUUCAAAUGUUAAGUUAUUCAUGAUUCAUUGCAUAAAAGGCGGUGCAUUAGCAUACAUCAAACUAUAUUUGGAAAUAUGAUAGUCACCAUCGGAAACUAAUGAAUACAUCAACGGUAUAUGUAAGCAGGCAAACCAAUUACUUUCACAUGUUUGUGCGUAAUGAAUACUGUUUGCACCUCUGCUAUUAAUUAUUAUUUUCUAUUAGCACUUCCGUGUAUAUUAAACAAUUACAGACUUAUGUUGAGGUCAUUGUCAUUUUUUUCACUGGUCUUCAAAACAGUUUAUACACCGAAAUAUAAGUUUACACUUAUAACUUUAUAUAAUGAACGACGCCAUUGAGAAUAAUCAUGCUUAAUCAUUGAUUUCAAUGUUAUGAAGUACCCGUUCCAAAGUUGAGCCCGGAGGUAUACUUAAAAGCACAACGAACGUCUGCUUGUUCGUACACACACACUUGUCCUCAGACGUUUUCCUACACUUUUCAACAAUUAAACAAAAGAUAAUCCCCUUUCGAAACUUAGACUUGACACAAACUUGUUCGCCGAUGUUCUCAUGCAUUUUUGAAUUUUACAACAUUCAAAUAUGCAGGUAUUGUUCCUUAUGAUAUAAAGUUAUGCAUGUGCCAUUGUAACUGUAAUUCAUUAAACAUUACCAAAG